AACUAAAAAGAAAUAUUAUGUGAAUUACAAUACCUCAACAACACAAGACCACAUUGUCUCUGCCGGACCGUCAACAAACGGUCAUUUCUUUCAGGCCGAAUAUUUUGUGAAAGAAUCACAAAUUUCGAAAAAAUAACAGUAUACGGAUAAUCUUUAUUUUAUACACUAUACUUCUGUAACAAUAAAAUACACUUUCAAUCUGCGAUUACUAAGGAAUUAUCGGAUUCCGAAAGUACCUACCGUUCCCUUAGAAAUAUACGAUAAAGAGGCAAACUUCAAAGAGCUGGGAUUUGUCGAGAUGUUCCCAUCAAUACUGACCGAGUCACAAAAGUAUCUGUAUGUACACAAUUUCGAAAACUUACAAAAAUAUGGAACUAUUGCGUGUAUAGAUUGAAAAACUAUCACAAAUUUUGAAACCCAAUCCUCCUGUAUUCGAAAAUUCAUUAUACCCAGGCAUAUUUCGCGGUUACAGAAAGAUUUGUUGUGUUUUUGAUUGUCGUCUUAACUAGCGUGGUACUUGUCACUUUUACAGGUUCUCGCGCUCUAGUUUGAGACUUGAGUCAAGAAGAAAAACCGCAGAUUUUCAUUCUCAACUUUUCAAUUUAAUCUUAUGCUGAUAAUUAUGACUGAAGUUAAGUUAGUUAAAAAUAAAAUCAAAAAACUCUCUACCAGGGAAGAAUUGAAGACUUUCUCGAACGAGGCGUUAAUAGAUAGAGUCUUACAGCUGGAAGCACAUAAUUUGCAAUUAAAAAAUAUAAUCACGAAACAGAUGCACGAUGAUAGCAUGCAAAAUUCAGAUUGCCCUAAGAGCGGCAAGGGAUUUGACUUUUCCAAAAGUCACAAAAGGCAUAUUCUUCUCAAAUUCUACUAUUUGGGCUGGGACUAUCAAGGAUUCGCCACCCAGGAAGACACGAUAAAUACAAUUGAGCACCAUUUGUUUGCGGCUUUGAAGAAAAGUUGCUUAAUACAAAAUCGAGAAGAAUCAAACUAUCAUCGUUGUGGUAGAACAGACAAGGGUGUUAGUGCGUUUUCUCAGGUCAUUUCGUUGGACGUGAGAAGUAAAUUGAGUCAAGAAAAUCAAAAUAAUCUACAAGAAGAGUUACCAUAUUGCAAAAUAUUGAAUAGGCUACUGCCACAGAACAUUAGAUGCAUUUGCUGGUCUCCAGCUGCUGCUGAUAUUUCUGCAAGAUUUAAUUGCAAACAAAGACAAUAUAAGUAUUUUUUUCCAAGGGGCAACUUGAACAUAAACGAUAUGAACACAGCAGUCAGAUAUACCAUUGGCACCCAUGACUUUAGAAAUAUAUGCAAGAUGGAUGUUGCUAACGGAGUUGUGUCUUUUAUAAGAGCUGUUUCAGCCGCUGAAAUUUCGUUAUGCACCAAAAGUUCUGAGCAAGUAGAAGCCUCAGGGUAUGACAUGUGCCAGCUGACUCUGACUGGCCAGGCUUUUCUGUGGCAUCAAAUUCGAUGCUUGAUGGGAAUUCUGCUACUAGUAGGUCAAGGAAAAGAAAGGCCAGAAGUAAUUCUGGAACUACUGAACGUAGAGAAAUAUCCCAGGAAACCUCAGUAUAGCAUGGCCUGUGAAAUACCAUUAAAUUUAUUUCACACUGAUUUUGAAAUCACUGAAUGGAUAUUUGACCAAGAUGAAUUAGUCCAAGUCAUAAAAACCUUACAAUCAGAUUGGGCUUCAAAUGCCAUCAAAUCUGCGAUGACUAGAGAUAUGCUAACAGACAUGCAAUCGAAAUUAGCAAAUGAUACAGAACUAAAUUUCCAGAGCGAUUGUCUAUUGACAGGUGUCAAAUCAAAAGUUUAUCAACCUCUGUUGCAACGAACAACCUGUGAAACCCUGGAAAACAGAAUCGAACAUUACGUGAAGAAACGAAGACUGGAAGUUAAGCAAUAUGAACAAGUAGACGAAUCCAUCUCACAAGAUUCUGAAAGCUCCAUUAAAUACUGUUGAAAGAAUCAAAUGAUAUGAUGAGUGUCGUGU